GUUCGGCACCGUCCGGAUCGAGGUCUCGUGAUCUUGGAUUAGUCUACUUCAUACUUCAUCAGUGCAGAAAGUGGAUUCCGUGAAAGAACGCGAUGACUCUUGUAGUAACCGUGCUGCAAACGGCAGUAUAUACCGUAGUUUUCGUAAAAAUAUUUAAAUGGCUCUACGAAUAUUAUGAGUUUGCUAAAAUCAUUGACAAAAUACCUGGACCCAAAGCUUACCCUUUAAUAGGGAACACGCUUAUUUUUAGAAAAGUUAAACACGACGAUCGCUAUGAAUGGUUCCGUGGAUUGUGUGAGCAGUAUCAUGGUGGAAUAUUUCGUACUUGGCUUGGAACUAUAGCCAGCGUUCAUCUCACUUCGCCAGAAACUGUCAGCACGGUCUUGGCUAGUAGGACGCUAAUUACCAAAUCGCCCAUAUACGAUUUCAUUCAUCCAUGGUUGGGUACAGGACUACUAACUUCUACGGGAGAUCAGUGGCAUCAGCAAAGAAAACUGAUUACGCCAACCUUCCAUUUCAAUAUAAUGGACGAAUAUUCCGUAGUAAUGUUUGAAAAGGCGGAAAUUUUGAAGGAAUGCAUCGAAUCGGAACUCAAAAAUAAUCCAAACGAACCAAUCGAUGUGUUUGAUUUUUUAACACGAUGUGCACUGGACAUAAUCUGUGAAGCGGCAAUGGGAGUCAACAUCAAUGCUCAAACGGACCAGGACGCUGAGUAUUCCACAGCUUUGCAUGGAAUUACCACUCAAGCUGUUGACCGAAUUUUUCGACCUUUGCUACACUACGACUGGUUGUACUAUCACACUCGGGAUGGAAAAAAAUUCAAACGUACUGUCGAAACAGCACACAAGUUUACAAAACAGGUAAUAAGUGAAAAAAAACUUGCCCGACAAAAUCGACAGCGACACAAUGCCGAUGAAAAUAGUAUGUCCGAGAAACCAAAACGUCAGGCAUUUUUAGACCACUUAUUAGAUGCGUGUGACCGUGAAAAGAUGCCCCUCACGGACGAGGAGUUACGAGAACAAGUAGACACGUUUCUUUUUGCGGGUCACGAUACGUCAUCUUCAAGUAUGAGCUGGGCUCUUUUCUGCAUCGGUAAUAAUCCAGACGUUGAAGAGAAAAUUCACGAGGAACAUCUCCGUAUCUUUGGGGAAUCAAAAGAACCGGCAACGCUCCGCCAAAUUAAUGAACUCAAAUAUCUUGAAAGAGUGAUAAAAGAAACCCUGAGGUUAUUUCCGUCCGCACCGUCAGUGGGUCGAAGAGUAACCGAAGACUUGGAAAUUGCUGGAUAUAAAAUCCCAAAGAACUCUAUCGCUGGUAUUCAAAUACACUACAUUCAUCGGGAUCCGAAACAUUGGCCAAAUCCGGAUAAAUUCGACCCGGAUAGAUUUUUACCGGAGAAUUCUCAAGGACGACAUCCGUACGCGUAUAUACCAUUCAGUGCCGGACCCAGAAACUGCAUUGGACAAAAGUUCUCUCUCUUGGAACAAAAGAUCGUAUUAACUGCGAUAUUAAGAGAGUGGAAAGUGAAGAGCGCUCUAAAAUAUGAGGAGGCUAAGUGCUACAAUGAUUUCAUUCUCAGGCCACAACAAGGAAUCAAGAUUUAUUUCACUCGCAAAUACUCUGUAUAUGAUCCGAAGCAAGCAACUGUACGUAACGAAGAUAGUCAAGCAGCGAAUGUUGAAGCUGAAACCAGUGGACCUUACGGAAACGUCAUGGGUGUUUUGGUACUGCUACUUACGGCAGCAUGUGCCAUAAUUUUAAUAAGAAUAUGUCAAUUAUUCCACAAAUUUAAUCGGUUUGCAAAAAUAAUCGAUAAGAUUCCUGGACCAAAAUCUUAUCCAAUCGUUGGAACUGCGCUCGCCCUAAGUAAAGUCAAACGUAACGAUUUGUACAAAUGGUUCCAGGCUCGGUGUAAAGAGUACGAGGGUGGAAUAUUUCGUAUAUGGAUUGGCAUAAAAGCCGAUAUUCACCUCAGUACAGCUGAAAAUGUUAGCACGAUUCUCCCAAGUAAGAGUCUUAUUACCAAAUCCGAGACGUACAAUUUCAUUCACCCGUGGCUGGGUACAGGGCUGAUAACUUCUACAGGUGAUAAAUGGAAUCGGCAAAGAAAACUUCUCACUCCAGCUUUCCAUUUCAAAAUACUGGAAGAAUAUUCAGCCGCAAUGUUUGAAAAAGCAGAAAUAUUGAAGCAAUGCAUCGAGUCAGAACUUAAAAAUUGCCCAAACGAACCGAUCGACAUGUUCACUCUCAUCACAAGAUGUGCACUGGACAUCAUCUGCGAAUCUGCAAUGGGGAUCAACAUCAAUGCUCAGAUAGACCACAGUUCGGAGUAUUCCGUGGCUUUACAUAAAAUCAGCUAUGAAACUAUCGAACGAAUUUUCCGUCCUUGGAUACACAACGACUGGUUUUAUUACCAACUCCGUCGUGGAAAGGAAUACAAAAAUAGUGUUGAAACUGCACAUAGAUUUACAGCGAAGGUGAUAUCUAAAAAAAAAAUGACCUGGAAAUCCCAACAAGAAAAUAAUUCGAACAAGUACACAGAGUUCGAAAAACAAAAACGGCGGGCAUUUUUGGAUCACUUAUUGGAUGCUUGUGCCCGCGAGAAGACUCCCCUUACUGACAACGAGUUGAGAGAAGAAGUGGACACUUUUCUAUUCGCGGGACAUGAUACAACAGCCACAGCUAUAAGUUGGUGUCUUUUCUGUAUCGGCAAUAAUCCGGACGUCGAAGAGAAAAUUCAUGAGGAACAGUUGCGCGUCUUUGGGGAUUCGGUAGAGCCGGCAACGCUAAACCAAAUUAACGAACUUAAAUACCUUGAAAGAGUGGUGAAGGAAACUAUGAGGCUAUUUCCUCCUGUACCGACGGUGGGACGAAUUAUGACGGAAGAGAUAAACAUAGCCGGAUAUAAAAUCCCCAAAGGUACCAACAUCACUGUUCACAUACACCACAUUCAUCGGGAUCCGAAACAUUGGACGAAUCCCGAAAAAUUCGACCCAGAUAGAUUUUUACCGGAGAAUUCUCAAGAACGACAUCCGUACGCGUAUGUGCCUUUCAGUGCUGGGCCAAGGAAUUGUAUCGGACAAAGGUUUUCUUUGUUGGAACAAAAGAUCGUAUUGACUACAGUAUUGCGAAAAUGGAGAAUUAAGAGCGCUCUAAAAUAUGAAGAAGCCGAAUGCUACAUGGAAUUAAUUCUGAGGCCGCAAAAUGGAAUCGAGAUUUACUUCACACCUAAAUAAGACAGGAGAAUACGAAAGAGAAGAAACAAUAGCGUUACAGCCACUGACUCGAGGUUGAUUUUUUUCAACAAACAAGCCCUUGUGUUAUUCUAAUAAUGAUUUACCGAGAGAAUAUAUAACAUAACCGAGAUAAUGUUCAAAAUCAAUAAAAAAAAAUA